AUGCCUGCUCAAACGGAAUUGGAACUCUACCUUACAGAUGGAGCUGGAUCUACUGUAUCCGAUGGCGACAUAGCAUUCAUCCGGCGUGGCUUCCGAGAAGUACAUGCUGUCAGGCAAGGCCUCUACCAGCGGCACAUUCAGAUGAUUGCUUUAGCUGGCACAAUUGGCACUGGUCUAUUCCUCAGCUCUGGUCAAGCAAUUGUAACGGCAGGCCCCCUCGGUGCCUUUCUUGCGUAUUCUAUCAUUGGCCUUGCUGUUUCCAGCGUCGUCCUUACUGUGGGUGAGAUGGGUGCUUUAGUACCCCUCAGUGGAGGUCUCGUCCGUUAUGCUGAAUACUUCUUCGACCCUGCGAUGGCCUUUGCCAACGGGUGGAAUCAAGUAUACUUGUACUCGAUCACUAUUCCUACCGAAAUAGUGGCAGCGUCCGUUUUGAUAGAAUUCUGGAUUACCAUCAACGACGCAGUAUGGAUUACCGUCUUCAGCAUCCUGGUGCUCAUCACAGCGCUGGUAUUCGUCAGAAUCUACGGGGAGCUCGAAUUCACAUUCGCCAUCUUGAAGAUCUUGCUAAUCCUUGGGGUCAACAUCAUGGCGCUUGUGAUUACAUGUGGUGGAGGCCCCCAUGGUGAAUCUAUAGGGUUCAGAUACUGGAGAGACCCCGGGCCUUUUGCUCAGUAUCUGGGGAUCAAAGGUUCCCUUGGCCAGUUUCUUGGAUUCUGGUCCAGUCUAAACAAUGCAGUCUUUGCAUACUCGGGAAUCCAGAAUAUCACGAUUCCAGCAGCGGAGACCAGGUUUCCAAGACACUCGAUACCCAAGGCGACCAAGCGCGUCUUGUACCGCAUCUUCCUCUUCUACGUCCUCUCCAUCUUCAUGGUCGGUUUGGUCGUUCCUUCCAAUGAUCCCAGUCUCCUUCGAUUGACUGGCACGGCUACUCAAUCCCCGUUUGUUAUUGCCGCGCGCCGGGCAGGCAUCCGGGGCGCACCCUCCGUCAUUAAUGCUGUUAUCCUUACGUCCGCCUGGUCUGCUGGCAAUUCAUAUAUCCUUUUUGGGUCUCGGAUUCUGUAUGGCAUGGCGGUACAUGGACAUGCUCCUGCAGUAUUCAGGAGGUUGAACCGGUUCUCUGUCCCCUACCUGGCUAUCAGCGUCAUCGGGAGCUUCAUGUGCCUGGGGUAUAUGUCACUCUCUACCUCAGCAAGCGUAGUCUUUCGAUGGCUGCGUGACAUUGUGGCAGUCGCGACAUUAGUGGACUGGCUCAUCGUCUGCAUCGUAUACCUCCGGUUCUACUACAGCUGCAAGAAACAAGGGGUCGACCGGCACAGAGAGCUUCCAUGGGCCGCGCCUUUUCAGCCCUACUUCACCUGGGCGUCACUGGCAUUGUUCAUCCUCUUGCUUUUGACCGGUGGUUUCAGCACAUUCAUCCACGGCCACUGGGAUACUGAAAUCUUUGUCGGCUCGUACAUCAACAUUCCAAUAGUCCUAUGUCUAUAUUACGGUUACAAAUUCUGGAAGAAAACGCGCAUCAUCGCUUUGGACAAUAUCCCAAUCAUCGGUCUGAUCCAGUUCUACCUGUCCCACGACGAAGUCGAGCCCGAACCACAGCCUAAAAGGGGACUCGCGAGGCUCAACAUUCUUUGGUAG